GGCUUCUGUUUAAUACUGUGGUCUUUCCUGUGUCAUCCGACCGUCCGCCCCGCCAAUUCGACGCGCCCGUAGGUUGGUCCCUUUUCACGGAACAGAACACAUCAGGACAUAUUCUUAUCACGACAGCAAUGAGUCUAUAUGUCCGUGCUAUAUAAAUAGCCAAUUCUCUCUUCCAUAUUUCAAAUCGCCAUCUCCAAAAUCCAAUUCAAACUUCCCAAUCUUUUCUUUUCUCCAAAUCCAGAAACAUCAUUUCCCUUUCACGAAGGCUUCCUGGCUCUCCUUUGAUCUUCUUCCAUGGAGCUUAUUCCCGGAUUACCGGAAGACUUAGCCCGGGAGUGCUUGUCCCGGGUCCCUUACCAGCAGUUCCCGGCUGUCGGAGCGGUCUGUAAAGAUUGGAAGGCGGAGAUCGACUCGCCCGGCUUUCUCUCGCAGAGGAAAUCAGCAGGCCAGUGCCAGGCGCUCGUCGUUCUGGUCCAGGCCCGGCCCAACCCGAUCGGUAAAUAUUGUUCUCCUGGUCUGAAGAACAUGCAUCCUCCAAUCUUUCUUCCCACAGUGUUCGAGCCACUCUCUGGCCGGUGGGCCGAUCUCCCUUCUCCUCCGGGAUGCUGUGACGGCCUGCCGAGGUUCUGCAGGUUGGCUGCUGUCGGGACAGACCUGGUAGUGGUGGGCGGGUUGGACCCGGUCACAUGGGAUGUCACGAAUUCCGUCUAUGUCUACAGUUUCUUGUCAUCCGAGUGGCGGCGCGGGGCUGACAUGCCAGGCGGGGACCGGUUUCUCUUUGGCUGUGCGUCUGAUGACGAUCGGUUGGUGUUUGUAGCGGGCGGGCAUGACAAACAGAAGAAUUCGCUGAGGUCCGCCAUGGCUUAUGAUGUUCAUAUGGACCGGUGGGUCCAGAUGCCCGAUAUGGCAAGGGAGCGCGAUGAGUGCAGGGGGACCUUCCGGGGCGGUAAGUUCCUCGUCAUCAGCGGCUACGGCACCGAGGCACAGGGCAAGUAUGAUAGGAGCGUGGAGGCAUUCGAUACCGCCAAGUGGAGUUGGGACCCGGUCGAGGAGAACGUGCUGGAGGCAGACACGACUCCAAGGGCCUGCGUGGAUGGGGAGGGAGACGAUGCCCUGUACACAUGCCGGAACAGGAGUCGAGACAUCGCGGCGCUCAGGGGUUCGACGUGGACGCCCGUGGCGGAGUUACCGUCUGAUGUGGCGAGUCAGAGUCACGUGAUGAGAUGGCGCAGGAAGCUGUUGGUGUUUGGCUAUGGGAGUGGAUGCAAGCCAGAUGGGGUCUCCGUACUGGAUCUGUGCAGUAAUAAUAAAUGGACUAAGGUAGAGAUUCCAGAAGAAUUUAGGGGUACUGUGGACGAAGGCUGGGUUCUAGAAAUUUAGAGUCAAUAAACCAGCUUUUAGUGUACGUGAUAUGCAUACAUUUGAAUAAUGAUUAACAUUAAAUCAUGAGAUUUUUUCGUUUAUUUCAUCUAUAUUUCAUUGAGACUAGGAGAGAGAUUCCUUGAUCACCUAUCAGUUGAAAGUUGACAUUGAUUUUCUUCAUUAUAAGUUGACAUGGCUACGCUAGUAA